GGGGAUGGAUUCGGCGGAAGAUUCAAGGAAAGAUCCGCCGCUGGGAUCCACAUUUUCCUCAGCGCCCAAUUUAGAUUCGGACAUUAAUGCAAAUGCCCACAGGCCUGUUUAUGAGAACGGGACAGACCACAAUGUCAACAUCCAAAACGCAGCCCUGCGAGGAGCGAGUGACCCCAGCGCGUACCCCUCCACAGACUACCAGGGGCUCAUCCGCCAGAGGUUCGUCCGCCGGAGCUUGUGGGUGUCCGACUCCGAGGAGCAGCCGGUGGACACGCCGGAGUGUGUCAACAGCAGCUCGGUGCUCACCAUUGACCUGCGGACCAUCGUUGAUCGGAGUCGGACUCGGGCUCUGCACGGGACCCGGCUGGGCCUCGGGGAGACCUCGAGCACGGAGAGUCAGGUGGGGCCGAAGGACAGCGCCACAGAGAGCUUGAGCGCCGACGAGCAGAAGAGGGACAGGGGCGAAACCGAGCCAAAGGCAGAGGUCGCGCCCACGGAUGUCACAGGUAAAUCAGGAAGUGACGAGAACGAAGAGGAGCCCGGGAUGAAGGCGGUGUCCACUUCACCUGGGGGGCGCUUCCUCAAGUUCGACAUUGAGCUGGGGAGAGGGUCCUUCAAGACCGUCUAUAAAGGUCUUGACACCGACACCUGGGUCGAAGUGGCAUGGUGUGAACUCCAGGAACGGAAACUGUCCAAGGUGGAGAGACAGAGGUUCAAGGAGGAGGCAGAGAUGUUAAAGGCUCUCCAGCAUCCCAACAUUGUGCGAUUUUAUGACUUCUGGGAAUCGCCGGUUAAAGGGAAGAAGUGUAUCGUUCUGGUGACAGAGCUAAUGACCUCAGGGACACUAAAAACGUAUCUGAAGCGUUUUAAGGUGAUGAAGCCUAAAGUUCUGAGGAGCUGGUGCAGGCAGAUUCUCAAAGGCCUCCACUUCCUCCACACACGGACUCCUCCAAUCAUCCACAGAGACCUCAAGUGCGACAACAUCUUCAUCACUGGUCCCACAGGCUCUGUCAAAAUAGGAGACCUGGGCCUGGCGACACUGAAGAGGGCCUCCUUUGCUAAAAGUGUUAUUGGCACUCCAGAGUUCAUGGCCCCAGAGAUGUAUGAGGAGCACUAUGAUGAGGCUGUGGAUGUCUACGCCUUUGGGAUGUGUAUGCUAGAGAUGGCCACCUCAGAAUACCCCUACUCUGAGUGCCAAAACGCUGCUCAGAUCUACCGCAAAGUCACAAGUGGGGUGAAACCUGCCAGCUACAGUAAAGUCAGUGACCCAGAAAUUAAGGAAAUAAUCGGGGAAUGUAUCUGUCACAGAUGGGAGGAAAGGUACUCCAUCAAGGACCUCUUGAAUCACGCAUUCUUUGCAGAGGAUACAGGAGUGAGGGUGGAGCUCAAUGAAGAUGACGAUGGGAAGAAGUCAUCCAUUGCUCUCAAGCUGUGGGUUGAGGACCCUAAAAAGCUGAAGGGGAAGUACAAGGACACUGGUACCAUUGAGUUUACCUUUGACUUGGUGAGCGAGGUCCCAGAGGUCGUUGCCCAAGAAAUGGUGGAAUCGGGUUUUUUCCUGGACUGUGAUGUGAAGAUAGUCGGGAAGUCCAUCCGGGACCGCGUGGCUCUCAUCAAAUGGAGGAGGGAGCGGACUGUCUCAUCAGGAAAUGGCGAGGCUGUGGUGAAGAAGGCGCAGCAGAAUCUGCUGCAGGUGCCCGGUACCGGUGUAUCACAGGCAGCCACAUUAGCUACGACCGAUUACGAGGACCAAGAGGUGGAGCAGCACACCCUGAUCUGCACCGUCCCCGCCACCACGUCUGCCACAUCUGACAGCGGGGUGGGCUCUACCAUGCAAUUAGAUGAUCUAAACAAUCAGCAAAAUGGCCCCUACCAGUCGCUUCCAGAGCCCAUUUCCGCAGCUCAGCCGAUCUACAGUCCUCCUGCACAGGUUGACCCUCAGCUGCACCAGGGGCCCUACCAGCAACCCACAGCACAGGCCUCGCAUGAAAACUACACACAAACAUCCACUCCAUUACACCAGGGAGCCUACCAGCAAACCACGGGUCAGCUGCAUCCUGGGGCCUAUCAACAACCUGUGGCACAACUGCACCAGGGGCCUUAUCAGUCUCAAACAACAGUUUCUGCUCCUGCUACGCCAGCCCCUAUUGUGCACCAGAGUAGACAGACAGCACAGAGCUUCCCAGCUGCAGCCCCCACUCUACAGCCGCAGCUUACUGCCCAGCCCAGCCAGGAGCAGUGCCAUCUCCAACCAGCUGCUGUCCUGCCCCAGCUGUUAUCUGCUGACCAGCCUACAUCUCACCUGAGUCCUCCUGACAUAUCUACCAGUUUUCCACAGUCAGUCUCCAGUGCUGCUCCCCCACUCCUGCCUCUGCAGAUCAGCACACAGUUUCCCUCACCAUAUCCUGUUGUUCAAACAGGGGGCAUCAAGCCCCCCCCUGUCCCUCUAGGUCCUCUGCCAUGUGCCUACAGCAGCAGUGGUCCUCCUAUGUCUAGCUCUCACUUCUCACCUUCACCUCGCCAUCCCUCCCUUCCUCUGACCCCUCAUGCUGCCUUUCCCUCUAUACCUACCCUCGGCACCCCUCAGACCCCACUGUCGUCACCUCAGCACGUGCCCAAUGUGGUACUCACUGUUCCACUUCUUGCCAUGGCCAUGUCCCCCGCAAUGUCCCAGCAGCAGGGCGGCUCUUUCGCAUCUCAGACAAACCUCACUAGCCUCCACACCACCCAUCCCUUACCUCUCUCCCAGGUACAACCCACCCCAUAUCCCGCCCCCCACCCUGAGCAGGAACUGGCUGAGCAGCCUGUCCAGGUACAGGCGAUUGCACCACAGGGGAAUUUGGGAGAUGUUCACCUUUUGGCUCCUGUCCACCCUGUCUUACCUGCUGUUCAGAAUCAUCUCUGGGCAAGUGGAGCAGAGGCAGAAACUACUGCAGCUGGACUAGACUUAACUGUAGCCCCUACAGUUCCAGCUCAAGUCCCAGCCUCAUUCUCAAUUUCAGUCUCAGCUACAGCCCAAGUUGAAACUCAAGCCCCAGCACAAACGCCAGCUCUGGUCCCAGCACAAAACCAACCACCAGUCCCAGGAUCAGCUCAAGCUGCAGCCACGUCUCAAGCUGCAGCUUCAACCCUUGUUAAAGCCACAACUUCAGCCCCAGUUCAAGCAUCAGUCUCUGCAUCCGGUCCAACUUUUGAACCACCAAAAAGCUCAUCUACUAGCUCAGAGACAUCUUCUGCAAUUGGAAAACUCAAACUAUCAGUCGCAGGCUUAGCCUCUGCCCCCGUCCCCGUCACGCUGCCAGCCUUGGUUCAGUCUGCAGCCCCUGCUCAUGCUCCAGCUUCUGCUCUGCAGCCUGCUGGCAGCCAGACAACAGUGUCAGUGUCUGAGUGUGCCAGCCUGGCCACGACUCAGCAAAACCUCGAGUCGACAUCUGCAUCCAGCACCCUUCAACAAGAGGCCUGUGUAGAGGAUGUGUUUCAGGAGAAACCAGUAUCUUUACCCAGUUACGCCUAUGACAGUCUCAACUCUGAUGUGGCAUCUGGUAAGGAAACAAGUGAUGGCUAUGACAGCCUGGCUAGUGGGGGGAAGGGGGACGGAAAACCCAGGAAACACCACCGCAAGUCUGCCCGCACACGUUCCCGACAAGAGAAGACCAGCAAGCCCAGACUGAGCAUGCUCAAUGUUUGCAACACUGGCGAUAAAAUGGUCGAAUGCCAGCUGGAGACUCACAACCACAAAAUGGUGACCUUUAAAUUUGAUCUGGAUGGAGAUGCUCCAGAGGAAAUUGCGACUUACAUGGUAGAGAAUGGCUUUAUCCUGCUCUUAGAGAAGGAGAUCUUUAUUGACCAGCUGAAGGACAUUGUGGAUAAAGCUGAAGACAUGCUUAAUGAAGACACAGAGGGUGAAAGGACCUCCAACUUGAGCUGUAGUCCUCAACAAGGACAAAUCUGUGAAGGGCUGGUAGGAGAGAGUCAGCAGCCUGGAGCACCUCAGCCUGUCUAUCAGCAGAACGUUCUUCACACAGGAAAGAGAUGGUUCAUAAUCUGCCCUGUGGAGGAGACGCCCACAUCCAGCCAGGAGACUCCAUCUGAUGGCACAGCUACGCAGUCUCCUGGGAGUUCAGCCACCACCCAGCCUGCUGACAGUGGCACUGCAAGGCCUCCUGCAUCCAGAGAAGAGGGCUCAUCCUCCACAAUGUCAGGUGGAAGUGGAGGUUUCACCUAUGAUGUGUAUGGAUUCUGCAGCCCUCCAAUAAUGUCCAACACAGACCCCCUCCUCUUAGCCACACUGUCUCCCCCAGUGUCUGCUCCCCCGACUCUUCAGUCAGUGGAGCCUACGGGCAGCUCGGUGCAGCACAGUGUUCACCAGGCGCAGCCAGCCAGAGCUCAAACUUUGCCCCCGUCAUCCCCACAUACGUCUUUCACAGUUGAUGAGUCCCAGGGAUCCCCUUUGGGCUCCAUCUCCCCGAUCCAUGCAGCUCAGCAGAUGUCUGACAUGACGUGUCCCGUUUCUGUGGCUGACGAGGUACCCUGCUGCCCUCUGGUCAUGCCCCUGUCUCUGGAUGUGAGCGGUUUACAGGGGGGGUCUCCUCUCACUCCUCUUCCACUCCAGGAGCCAGGUUCAGCCAAAGAGCCGCUGUCUGUCUCUUACGCCUCUGCAACGCGGAGCGAGCGUCCACAGCAGCCUGUGGUGCUCCACCAGCCGUUUUCUAGCGUGGCGGGUACGAAAGUGCCCUCGCUACCCCAGAGCCCGGCACCGUCCCAGCACGGCGCAGGGCCCGGCGAGUCAGAUGGCGAGGGACGGCUGGGCCGCGGGGGCUUUGUGGACAGCACGAUAAAAACACUGGAUGAGAAACUAAGGAACUUGCUCUACCAGGAAUAUGCUCCCAUGUAUCCAUCAGGCAGCGCUGCAGAGACACCAGGCUCCGGCACCGAGUACAUCCAGUCUCCUCCUGGUCCAGACAGCGCCACAGGAGGGUCAGGGAACAGCACGCCAGGGCCGAUGGGGGAGGGACGCUACAGGGCAGGAGAACAGCUGCCUCAAAUUCCAGAGAGAAUGGAUAGUUUGAGCACACUGAGUGACUCAGCCGUGUGUGCUUCCCUGUCAAGAAGGCACGUUCCUCACUCUGCUUCCUGCUCUGGAACCAGAGGAAGAUUUAAGAUAAUCUCUGUUCCUCCUGAAGUGGCCAACAGACGAGAUGUGAAGCAAAGGAGCUGGAGCAGCGCUGCCUCACCGGCGCACCCUGGAGGAUUCAGCGGGGAACAUCCUCAGGUUGAGGUCAUGGCUGCCUCCACCACAAUUGGCCGUUUCUCUGUGGUGAGCACUGAAGAUGACAUUACACAGAGGACACGCUGCAGCCGCUACUCUGCCCCGCCUGAUUUCUACCUGGACACACCUCCUUCCAUGGCCAAGCGGGGCUCCCUGCCUCGCACCCUGACCUCACCCUCGGUCCCUGUGGACGUCACGGUCCAUGCUCGUUUCCUCUCAUCAGACUCUGGGGCUGAGAGCAGCCCCGCAAAGCUGGCUCCCGCCACCCCGUCUCAACACACUCGCUCCGAGCGCAGAGGAAGUGACCUCAUGAAGAGGGCAGUGGCCUUCCUCCGUCGCUCAGGGCGCAGCAGCAGUGUGCAGAGCUCUGACUCACCGAGCAGGCAUGGAGGCGUGCACGGCUCGGCCUACGCCAGCAGUGAUAAUGACUCAGAGAUGGAGGACUCGGACAUGAAGAGGGAACUACAGAGACUCAGGGAGAAACAUCUGAGGGAGAUCUCUGAGCUGCAGGCCAAUCAGCGAGGGGAAGUGGAGCUGCUCUAUCGACGGCUCGGCAAAGCUCCUCCUCCUGGCCUGGGUCUCUCGCACGUUGCGCCACACGCCGGCCGGAGAAAGAGGUCCAGCAAGCACAGACUGAAGCCUGGCAAGCUUCUCAGCCCCCUGGUUCAACAGUUUAGAAAUGUCACCACAAAGAGCAGUGACUCCAGCAGAUCCAGUGCUGCUACAGGUGCAGGUGAGCCCACAGUGAGUUUAAACGGCUCUCCGGCCAAACGGUCCUUCCCCACUCACGGCAGGGCGCGGUCAUGCACCAGCCACCUCCCCACCUCCACCUCAGAGCCCGUGCAGACCCAGCAGCCCUGUUCCCUCAAGGGCUCGUUGUCCUCUGAUAACAUUUACGCUGGACUACAUGGAGAUGGCUCCGGCACACACGCUCCGCCCGGACAAGGUGAUCACCAGCUACACACAACAGAACAUCUUCACUGCUGGUCUAAUUACCCUCAAACAUCCGAGAGAGUGACCUAUAAAUCGAGUAGCAAGCCACGAGCUAGAUUUCUCAGUGGGCCUGUGUCUUUGUCUAUCUGGUCAACACUGAAGCGACUGUGUCUUGGCAAAGAGCGUGGCAGCAGGUCUGGAGCCGGGCCAGGGGCUUUCAAUCAAUCACAGCAGCCGCCUGCCGGUGCCACGCCUCCUUCUCAUCAGCCAGUAAUGGGACUGGCCCAAGCUCAGGCCAAUAACAGCAACAACAAGACAGGCACGUACACUGGUGCAUCCAUGAGUGCCAAUGAAAACAACCUGCCUGAAGACUUACAACGGCUGAUGGACGACUGGGCCCAGGAGGUUCUCAUUGUCACCCACAGGGCGCGCACUAACUCUCUGAGCAUCACCGGGCAGCAGCUUUGGGAUCAAGUUGUGCCUCGAACACAUGGACAACUGACUAGUGCAUCAGAUGCAUCAUCAUGGACAACCCCAGGUCCAGAGGCCUGCAGUCCUCCCCUGUCAUGGCCUGACAGCCCUGGGUCAACAAUGAUGAGCACCCCCUCCACAGCGCCCCAUCCCAGUAAUCAGCUACGCUCUCCUGCUCCGUUCAGGGCCUUGUCCUCACCGUUCCCGGUCGGCCACUGGCCUGGGUUUCACUUCCCCCUUCCUGCAGGAGUCUUUGCCUUUCCUGCCGUGCCCUCAGCCCAGGACGCCCCCAGCCCCGCUCGAGCUCCAUCAUAUCAGCCACCCGACCCCAAAGCCAGGACUCUCUAAUUUGAGUAGCAUUGUGUCUUCCAAUUCUGUUACCAAAAAGAAAUCUCAUGAUAGGUCUAGUCAAUCUUAUGUGCAUAUACUGUAUAUAAUUAACCAGCAUGAAUUUGACCAUAUGUACAUACUCGUCUCCAUUCUGGAGUUUUAUGUUAUUUGUUUCAUUUGCAUCAACAUACCUCAUGUCCAUAUUGCAGUACAUAAUCCUCGAGUGCAGUGUAAUGGUAGUAGUACAAUUAAAAGAUGUAUAAUCAGCCCAAUCAGGCUUAAAAGUGCAGAUUUUUGUCAUUGCUUAUGUAUGUACCUUACCAUCCAUUGAAUGUACAUAAUGUACUGGUCAUUCAUGCUGUGUUUAUAAAAAUUCUUCAUGUUUGUGUUGCUCAUAUCACCCCAUAUAUAAGCUGCCGUGUGUAUAUAUGAAUUCUUGUUAGUCUGUACAUAGCUCCUGUGUUUGUACAGUUAGAUAGAUAAUCCAUAGGUUGGUGCUGCAGAUACGUGUCUUAAUGCAACACCUUAUUAGCCACCAUCAUGCCGUCACUGUGAAGACUUGACAUCCUGGUCACUAGGACCGGUUGCUUUACUCAGCUCUCUCAAUCCAAGGAUAGGUUUCAUUCAUCAUCGAUGAAAUGCUUCCAGCACAAGCGCUUGAAAUAUCCUUAAGAGAUUUGAAUGAACUUGAACUUUAUCUUCAGGUGGGAAAAACACCUGUGAGAGUGCCUUGAAUUGCAGUUUCAAUUUUAUGAAGAAAAGCAUUUAGAUUCAAAGCAGACACUAGAUAUUCUAUAUAUGCUUUCACCUUGAAAGGUAAAUUAUGUGAUUUGAAUAAUGAAUGUGGAUCGAAACAUGUUUAAUUUAGCAACAAAACAUAAUUGAACACUAUAAUCUGGUCAUGUUGCAGUUCAUAAAAUAUCACAGAUUGUAAGACGAAAUCUUGUUCACUGACGUUUCCUUGUGGGAUUGCUCUACCACCUGCACCACGGCCUGCAUGAAUACACGGAUAUUCUGAAUGUGCACAGGUUGAUGUGGUGAGUUACAGGAGGAUAUUGUUAAGAGAAACCGGCAUUGAAACCAUACGACAAGGAGGGCUGAAGGACUCAACGUACGAGUCAAAAUCAUAAUCAUACCAUACCUCUACUAAUGCAAUCUGUAGCUUUACAUAUUGUUGCCUUUGUGGUUUUUAAGAGAUUACUGUGUGGCUGGUUGUUGUUUGAUAAAUGUUGAUGAUACGAUGAUGUUAGAGGCACACAAAGAAUGUGAAUUAUUGAGAAGCCACAACUGUUUGACAUGUUAUUUGUACAAUGCAUAGGUUUUCUAAAUUAUGUUUAUUAGAUGCUGCCCUCACUAGAUCAUCUGGCUCACACAGCUAAUUGUGUGUAUUAUGGCGGACUGAAUUCAAAGAUCUCCACCAACCACUACCCCAUCACAGAUUCAGUUAUUGCAAUACUUCUCUUUUAUAACUUCUAUAAUUCUCUCUGAAGAAUAGUUUCUUGGAUGCAUCAGUGUUUUUAUGCAUCUGCAGAAACAAAGCUGUGACAAAAAUGUAUGACGUAGGAUGGGUAUAAUGAGUCAGACAGUUUUUCAAAACUGAGAGAGCUGUUAUAGACAAAUUUUUUAGUGCUGUUUGUGCUGACGACAGACUGAACUUAACAAAGCAGUUAUUCAGAUCUCUUUGUUGCCUGUUUCCCAACUCAUAGCUCCUUCAGUUCUGACAUGCUUUUCACAGCUACAAGGGUAAUCCAGCGAUUUAGUUUUGCACUUCCUUGUGAGUUGGAUGACUCACAAGAGGCAGAUUUUUUUUUUUUUUUUUUAAAGUGUUAAAAGAGGCCAAAGUAUGCUGACUUUUAGUCCAGAGUAUGGGUCACGCUCCAGAAAUGCUGGAACCUACAAUUCCCAUAAUCCGGCUCAGUGUGUUCAAAUUUUUCAGAGCCACAGGAGACACUAUACAACAGGUUUCACAGACUAAGUAGUGCUUCUUGUGAUGUAAACUGAACUUUAUAUGUAAAAUCUCUGGAGUGCUCCUUUAAAAUCCUCCCACAUUUGCACAGUUUGACAAUAUUUUCAGUUAAACUGAAUAUUUGUCUUAGUGGUUUCUACUAUGAUAACAUAUAGAUUUUUUUUUUUUUUUGUUUUCUUGAGAUCAUCUCCUAUGCAGCUAUUUUCUUUGUGCUUUACACAGUAACUCCUGUCUUUGAUCUCUUUAAUGCUUGCAAUGAACGCUAGGUGUAUGAUUGCUUUUGCCUGCUGUAUCACCUGUUUUCUUCGCCAU